AUGCCAGACUCGACGAGUAGCAGUGACCAUCUCACUGCUCGAUCAGAGAAUUUCUUCAGGCUACAGCGUCUCAGCGAUUCGGCGAUUCCUCGUUCAAAGAAGAUGAUCACGAAACCGGCAACAUCAAUCCUAUAUUCCCUACUUAAAGAUGGUGAAAAGCGACCCCUUGAAGACAUCAUAAACGAUUUCUCCUCAAAAAUCCCAAAAUCAAUGCAUAGUGAAAUCUUCUCAGCACUUGUCAUUCUCUUGGAUGACACCCCAAAAUUCCUAAAAUCCACCGAACGAUUGGUUGCAUUUGCAUUAAUUCAUCACACAUAUUCCCCCCUUAAAUCAUCCACCAAUCCCUACCUUUCUUUGCUCAAAAACACUGCAAAUGACGAAAAAACCGAAACUUUCGAACGUGCAUUCAUCCUUCAUCUCCUAUCCUCUCCAACCACAUCUCCGGUGAUGAAACUAUCUCCGGCGGAUUUCAUUACCAAAUUCGAUCCUUCAUCUCACCGGUUCCCGGAGCCGCCACCGCCGCCGCCGGAAAACCCCCUCCCCAAACCGUUCAAUUCCCUCUUCAAAAACACCGCGAUAAAAAACGCGAUACCGGAUCCCGACAUCCCCCGCGGUUGCGACAUCAACUCGCCGGAGUUUGAGUUCCCGCCGCCAAAGAUCGGCUCCGGUGACCGGAGCGAGGCCAUAACCGGUCUACUUCAAACUUUAUCAUUGGACGUGCUCUACCCUCAUUGGACCCGCCCAACACCGCCUCGCCUCCCGGUGCUAGAUGGUGAACUCGUCUGGGUUAACCCCGACUCGACCCACGAACCGCUUUGGGACACCGGGAUGUGUGCCGACACGAGCCGUGGUGCAGCCGUCCGUGAACUAAUCCUAAAAGCCCUAAAAGGCCCGUUGGCUCCAUCUCAACAAGAACAAGUUUUACUUGAGUUAACUUCCGACCCCAAACUGGUGUACCACUGCGGUUUAACACCACGGAAGCUGCCGGAGCUGGUGGAGAACAACCCUCUGAUAGCGGUGGAGGUGCUGAUUAAGCUGAUGAACUCGCCGGAAAUUUCGGAGUAUUUUACGGUUCUGGUGAAUAUGGACAUGAGUUUGCAUUCGAUGGAGGUGGUCAACCGGUUGACCACUGCGGUUGAACUGCCGACUGAGUUUGUACACAUGUACAUAACGAAUUGUAUAUCAUCAUGUGAGAAUAUUAAGGAUAAGUACAUGCAGAAUCGGUUGGUGAGGCUUGUGUGUGUUUUUCUGCAGAGUUUGAUCAGGAACAAGAUUAUUAAUGUUCAAGAUUUGUUUAUUGAGGUUCAGGCGUUUUGUAUCGAGUUUUCUAGGAUCCGGGAAGCUGCAGGUUUGUUUCGCCUUCUUAAAACCUUGGAAUAAUUCAUGUUUUUUUUUUUUUUUUUUGUUGGAUAUUUUAGUUUUGCAUAAAGAUUUGUAUUUGGUUGUGGUUUAGGG